AUGGUGGAUCUCGAACCAGAUCUGCAAUUUAUGCCCCUUAGUUGUCUUCUCUUCUUCCGUUUCUCUUUGGUGGGUCAUCAAUCGAAGCUUCAACAAUGGUGGAUCUUUAAAGAAGAAGAAGAAGACCAAGAAAAAGACGACGAAGAGGAAGCAAACUAUGAAGAAGAAGACUACGAAGAAAAAGUAGACUACGAAAAAAAGAAUACAAGGAAGAAGAAGAAAAUUAUGAAGAAAACAAAGACUACAAAUGCUAUGAACAUUUACAAUAAAGAAGAAGAAUACGAUAAAAAAGACAGCGAAGAAAAAGAAAAAAGACUAAAAGGAAAGAAGACAACUAUGAAGAAGAAUAAGAAGAAGACUACUAUAAAGAAGAAGUCUACAAAAAGCCACGAAGAAAAGGAAGAUUACAUAGAAGAAAAAGAAGGAGACUAA